CGCCACCCCGUCUCCUUGCAGAGGGUCGGGAUGCUGCCAGCUGCCCACCCCGCCGCCACCCCACAGCCCCUCGCCCGGCCCCGCUGAGCCCCCCCCCCGGCAUGCUGAGCCCUGCCCGCUGCCUGCCCGGCCUCGCAGCCCCCCGCCGCCCCCCAGCCUGACCCCGCACCCCCGGGGUGCCCGCGGCACCCAUGGCGCUGGAGCUGGGCGCCGAGGCGCUGCUGGACCUGAGCUUCCUGACGGAGGACGAGCGGCGCGCCAUCGCCGAGGUGCUGCGCCGGGACUCGCAGCUCCGCCGGCGCGAGGAGGGGCGCAUCAGCAAGCUGCGCAAGUCGGUGUCGGACCCGGCCCGGCUGCGGACCCUCACCGGGGACUGGUUCUGCGACGUGCGCGCCCAGCGCCACCGGCACCACCUGGGCUCCGACCUCGUCCGCGCCUCCAUCCGCCGCAGGAGGCGGCCGCGGGGAGCAGGGGACACGGAGCGAGGCCCCAGCUUGGGCGAGCUGGAGGCGAUCGGCGAGCCGCUGGUGGAAGAGAAGGAGGACGAGGAGCCGGCGGUGACGGAGGAGAGCCCCUCUGAGGACGGUGCCCAGGCAGAGCCCCAGGUGGGUGCCCGGUGCCCGACCCGACACCCCG